CCCACAUUGACGGCGUGCAAACGGUGCAACCGGUGCUCGCCGCUACGAUCUCGCUGGCUCGAGGGGGAAGGCCCAGGCCUCGUGCCACAGGCACGCUGAAAGGGUUCGCCGGCCAUGACGAGCCAGACACCGUACAUAGGCAGCAAGAUCAGCUUGGUGUCCAACUCCGAGAUCCGAUAUGAAGGUGUACUGUACACCAUCAACACGCAGGAGUCCACCAUCGCCUUGCAGUCGGUGCGGUGUUUUGGCACGGAAAGCCGCAAAAUGCCCGAGAUCCCACCCUCCAACGAAGUCUACGACUUCAUCAUUUUCCGCGGGCAGGACAUCAAAGACCUCACAGUGCUGGAGUCUAACCCUGCUAUCAAUGACCCUGCGAUCCUUUCCGUGAACAAGGCCCCGGCGGGAGGACAGGAUGCUGGGAAGGCACCAGAUAAGGGAAAGGCUGGCAAGGCUGCUGGCAAGGGUGAUGACAGCAAGGGCAAGAGUCUGUCCAAAGGCGACACUGGCUACGCCAAGGGCUACGAUGCCAAGGGCUACGAUGCCAAGGGCUACGAUACCAAGGGCUACGAUGCCAAGGGCUACGAUGCCAAGGGCCAUGCCAAAGGCCAGAACGGCAAGGGCGAUGCAAAGACCGGCAAAGGCUUUGACAAGAGCUUUGUGAAGGAAGGCAAGGGCUAUGGCGAUGGCAAAGCUGGCUAUGACAAAGCUGCCUUUGACAAGGGCAAGGGCAAGGAUGUGAAAGGCGGCAAAGAGAAAGGAAAGGAUGUUACAGUUGAGGGCAUCAUGGGCAAAGAAGGAAAGGGCAAGGCAGGCAAGGAGAAGGGCAAGGAGAAGGGCAAGGAAAAGGGAAACGACUUCAAGGGCAUUGCCAAAGGAGAGGGGAAGGCGGAGAAGGGAGAGAAGGGCGGCAAGGGCAAGGAGAAGGGCAAAGAGAAGGGCAAGGAGAAGGGCAAAGAGAAGGGAAAGGACAAGGGCAAGGGCAAAGAUGGCAAGAGGGGCAAGGGCAAGGGGGACGGCGAGAAGGGUAAGGAUGGGAAAGGAAGACGGCGCGGCAACGGCAUCGUUGGCGAACUUGCGCCGGAGGUGAAUACAGACACCAAGCGGCAGUGUGCCGAGGAUUUUGACUUUGAGUCGUCCGCGCAGAAAUUUGACAAGGUUGCUGACACCAACUUGAAGCCUCUGGAAGGUUACGACAAGGGCAAGUCCUUUUUCGACAAGAUCUCCUGCGAGGCCACGGAGCGGUCGGGUGAGGCUGGCCGCCAAAGAGCGGAUCGCGACAAGGCGCGGGAAGCCGACCUGGAAGCCUUCGGGGACCGGAAAGCCGGCUGACGAGCCGGCUGACGAGCCAACGAGCCGGGAACGAGCCAACGCCUGGUGUCUAGUGAGUGCUGCCGGCAACCUCGGCCGAAUCUGUUCGCUGCAUUUCGAGCCGAGUGCGGGUCUGGACAGGAGGCCUCGGUUGGGUCCGCAAGCACUCGGAUGGAUGCUGAAACCCAAGAGUAGCAGAUACCCGUUCCC